AGGUAUGACACAAGACAUGGCUCGUGUCCCCUGUCGCUCGGCCACUAGUCCGACAAGGUCGUAAAUACAUCAACCAACAGCUCCGCGUAGAGCACAGGUUAUUUACCCACCCGUCACAGAUAUUAUGGAUACCGUUGUCAGAGCUCAGCACCCGAACCCUGCAUCGCCUUUGUCAUCAACGUCAAAAUCCAGGCACACUCAGUCGAAGCUCGAGCCCGAAACACCAAAGAAUGGCGUGGCGUUUUGAAUAUGGAACGACGACAAUGGGGAACUCUUAUUGCAAGACAAGCGACCCACGAUGUGCGCAAGCGACAGACAGCUGCCCUCAGGUAUAAAUAUAGACCUGGUUGAGAUCGCCGCUGGCUCCUGGGAAUAAGUUUACGAGCACAUCACCAUCGCCACCAGCAGCAAGAAUACACGAGCGCCGGUCGCUAUACAUAGAAAAUGAAGUCCACAGCUGUUCUCCCCAUCUUGGUCGCCGCGGCGACCGCGAACCCGGUUGGAUUGGAGCAGCGCCAGAACUGCCCGGGGGUAUUCGUCUUCGGGGCGCGCGAGACGACAGCGCCCCCGGGCUUCGGCACAGCAGGUGGACUCGUGAACAUGGUGACGGCCGCGAACCCAGGCAGCCAGUCCUCAGCCAUCAACUAUCCGGCCUGUGGCGGCCAGGCGUCAUGCGGCGGCGUCGACUACAACAGCUCCGCCAACCAGGGAACGGCCGCCGUGAUCUCCGCCGUGAACGACAUGAACAGGAGAUGUCCCAAUACCAAGAUCGUUCUCAUCGGAUACUCGCAGGGCGGUCAAAUAAUGGACAAUGCCAUCUGCGGCGGCGCAGGGAACACGCUCUCGGGCGCCGCGCUGAAUGCCGUGAAGGCGGUGGUCUUUAUGGGCGAUCCGCAUAAUGUCGCAGGCUUGCCAUUCAACGUGGGCACAUGUAGAGCGGGAGGGUUCGCUGCCCGACCCCAGGGCUUCCAGUGCUCGCCUGCCAACUCCUUCAUCAUCCAGUCGUACUGCGACGCCGGCGAUCCGUUCUGCUGCAACGGCAACGACCCGAACACGCAUCAGAGCUAUGUGAACGUGUACGGCACACAGGCAUUCAAUUUCAUUCAGUCGCUACUAUGAUAGGAUUGCAGAUGUUGCGGUUCUGGGUGCUCGGAUUCUCUUCGAUAUUGAUCUAGUUCAAAUAAGGUGUGUCAUACAUAGUCAACUUGAAUUUAGCGCGUUAGAACGAGAAUUGAAUGACUGCCUCUCACGAAGAGACUGAAAAGAUCGACCUAGAUGUGGACUGCGCUUUCGCGGAUGCUGGUCUUCUCAACGUGUUACGAAAUUCGACCUAUUGCAUGUAACUAUGGGAGGAGCACAAGAACAAAAAUUGUACAACCUAGUAAU